UUUUCUAGAGAGGCUGUGCGUGUGAAUCGGGCAACGUCUUUUCACUCGUUUUGUGCAGCACUCACCCUGGAGGUCUAAUGCCAAAGAAAAAUCAAAAUAGAAAGUACCAGCGUGUGCCAUCAUGCAGCGGCAGAGGCUGCUUAAAGAUCAGGAAAUUGUUCAAAUAUCAGAUCGCCGGCGGGCAUCUCAGCCCAGGCCUGUGUAAGGGGAGUUCUGGUGCCUCCGCAGAGGGCGUGAUUAGGGCGCCAGGAAAGCGACCCGCGACUGCAGCCGUUUGUUAAGGCCAGUCCUUCGCUCGCGGUCUGUCCCGGGCGGCAGUCGUGUGAGCCCCACGCUGGGACCGGGCCAGGGGGACGUGGGCACCAGGCAGGGAGCGCGCUCCGAGCGCUGGGGACGCCGGGGACACCCAGGGGCCCUCCUUGCCUCCCAGCCCCGGGUCACCGCACUCCGGCUCCCGCCCCGCGCCUCUGGGGGGAGGUACCCAGGGACGCCCGGCGAAGGGGCUUUGCUAAUUGCCAAAGCAGGAAGUGAGCUCGUGGAAGAAGCCGAGCAGAAGAAGAAGGAGGGAGGAGGAGAAGGCGGAGGAAGGCCAGGGCGCGCGGGGCAGCGGAGGUUUGCUCCUGGCGCGUAGGAGCCGCAGGACUGCCCAUCUCCGUGAUCCCACUGUCCUCCCGCGCCCCGGAGGCCGGCCAGCCCCGCUCGGACGCUCUUUUGCCCCUAACCCGCCCCCAUGGCUUCACCGGAGGACCCGCUGCGCGCAGAUCACAUGGCAAAGGAACCAGUGGAAGACACAGAUCCCAGCACUUUAUCCUUUAACAUGUCAGACAAAUAUCCCAUUCAAGAUACGGAACUCCCCAAAGCUGAAGAAUGUGAUGCAAUUACUUUGAGCUGCCCACCAAAUUCAGAUAUGCAAAAUCAGGGAGAAGAAAAUGGCUUUCCAGAUAGCACUGCAGAUCCCCUUCCAGAGAUCAGCAAGGACAACUCCUGCAAAGAAAACUGUACUUGUUCCUCCUGCCUGCUCCGGGCCCCCACCAUCAGUGACUUGCUCAAUGAUCAGGACCUAUUAGAUGUGAUCAGGAUAAAGCUGGAUCCAUGUCACCCAACGGUGAAAAACUGGAGGAAUUUUGCAAGCAAAUGGGGGAUGCCCUAUGAUGAAUUGUGCUUCCUGGAGCAGAGGCCACAGAGCCCCACCUUGGAGUUCUUGCUCCGGAACAGUCAGAGGACGGUGCGCCAGCUGAUGGAGCUCUGCAGGCUCUAUCACAGGGCCGACGUGGAGAAGGUUCUGCGCAGGUGGGUGGAGGAGGAGUGGCCCAAGCGGGAGCGUGGAGACCAUUCCAGGCACUUCUAGAGCGCUUCUUCUUCCGUCCUUGGCCUCUUUGGACGUUGAAACAACCAUGAGUCAAGAAGGAAUGUGAAUCAGUUCUUUUGUAAGAGUUUAGGAUAAGGACAUGAAACGGUGGACACUGGUUUUCCCCAAAGUUGGCGGUUUCGUGGAGGGGUAGCUUGUUUUGGUGGCAGAUCUCUGUUUAUUUUUGCACAUCUGUUUUAAUUUAAUAUUUGAAUCUGGAAUUAGGAAAAGAUAUUUUCUAGUCUCCUGUAAGGGCCAAAGUCCUACAAUCGGAAUGGAUUCAUGCCAUGAUGAAAAUAAAAUGAUCCUCUCCCUGAAAUACGGCUAAAGAUUUAAAUAGGUCCUGAGACUGUUGAGAGCCCCAGACAUACACACGACAUUAUAUGUAACAUCCCUCCUGAUCAAUGCCACUCCCACAGUUUCAAAGCAAACAGCCAUGAGGAAUACUCCCCUUGGUGUCUGCAACACCCUCUGCUUCUCUCCUAGGCAAUGAGAAUCAGAAGCUAGAAAUUCACCAUGUCUAUUCUCAAGAUCCAUGCCAGGGAGAUCUUUGACUCUCGUGGGAAUCCCACUGUUGAGGUUGAUCUCUUCACCGCAAAAGGUCUCUUCAGAGCUGCCGUGCCCAGUGGUGCUUCAACUGGUAUCUAUGAGGCCCUAGAGCUCUGGGACA